AUGCGUGGAGUCUCGACAUUAACACAGUUCGGCCAGAAACAUGUCACGAAAGGUCUGGGUCGUUUGACCGAGGCAGUAGUCACGAAAGGCGAGGGCUCCUAUGUGCAACUGGAUGACGGACGCCGAAUGCUCGACUUUACAACUGGCAUUGGUGUCACCAGCCUCGGCCAUUGUCACCCGAAGGUUAGCAAAGCGGCGGCGGACCAGUGUAUGAAUCUCGUCCACGGACAGUGUAGUAUCGCCUUCCAUGAGCCUUACUUACGGCUCAUCGAGAAGCUACUCCCGAUUAUGCCCGAUCCCUCCUUGGACUCAUUUUUCUUCUGGAAUUCCGGAUCGGAGGCGGUCGAGGGUGCUAUUAAGAUGGCCAGGUGGUACACCGGCAGGCAGAAUAUCAUCACGAUGCAAGGCGGCUAUCACGGGAGGACCUUUGGCGCUAUGGCCGUUACCCGCAGCAAGACGAUAUAUAGCGAAGGAUGCCAUCCGCUCAUGCCGGGUGUCUUCCCGGUUGCCUAUCCCUACUGGCACCAACACGGCCUCCCUCCUAAUACCAGCGAGGAUGAGCUUAGCGAGCGGUCCCUGUACCAACUCGACCUCCUUCUCUCGCAGCAAGUGAACCCCAAGGACGUCGCCGCAAUUCUGAUCGAGCCUGUCAUCGGUGAAGGCGGAUACGUACCAGCUCCCAAGUCCUACCUGGAGGGUUUGCGCACAGUCUGUGACAAACACGGCAUACUCUUGAUCAUUGAUGAGGUCCAGAGUGGGUUCUUGCGGACGGGCAAGUACUUCGCCAUUGAGUAUAGCGGUGUCCGGCCGGAUAUCAUGAUUGUCGCGAAGGGCAUUGCGAACGGCUUUCCGCUCAGUGGUAUCAUUUCUCGAAAGGAAAUCACGGAUAAGCUUUCCCCAGGCUCCAUGGGAGGCACCUAUGCAGGAAAUGCAGUAGCGUGCGCUGCCGGUGUCGCAGUCGCGGACGCCAUGAAGGAGGACAAGAUUCAAGAGAACGUCGCCGCGCGGUCCAAAGAGUUGUUCGAUUCACUGGCCGAAUUGCGCAAGGAUGCAGAGAUCGGCUCGAAGAUCCUGGAUGUGCGUGGCAGGGGUCUCAUGGUGGCUGUCGAGUUCGCCUCUCCAACAGGCACCCCUCACGAUCCCCUUGUUGACCCUUCGGCGCCGCAAAAUCUGGCAAAGAGGGUGGCCAAACGCUGCCUAGAGAAGAACCUGUUCAUUCUGACCACGUCCGUUUACGAGGUCAUCCGGUUCAUCCCUCCUCUCAAUAUAUCGAAGGAGGAUCUGGCUAAGGGGUGCAAGAUCUUCGCUGAGGCCGUGAAGGAGGUCGUUCGGGAGGGGUAA